AUGGAGGUCUUACAGAGUGUCUUAACAAUAUUCCGAAAGAACUGCCAUUAUAGAUUUCACCAUUUCUGCGAGGAGGAGAGGAUUACACAUCUAUGUUUUGCGGAUCACCUAUUUUUACUUGCGCACGCUGAUGUUGAUACUAUUAACACUAUUGAAGGUGCACUUAAUUACUUUUUUGAUAUUACAGGUUUAAUGAUUAACGAGGAUAAGAUUUCGGUAUUUUACGGUGGUGAUGAUGAUGAUACAAAGGUGCAAAUUCAAAACAAUAUGGGCAUUAGCGAGUGUUUAUUUCCGAUUCAGUAUUUGGGGAUUCCAUUAACGGCUAGACAAAUUCAGAUUGUUCAUUGUAGACCGCUCAUAAAGAAAGUCAAGAACGUUAUCAUGGUAUGGGCGGUGAAAAAGCUUUCUUAUGCGGGCAUAAUUGAAUUGGUGGAUAACAUUGUUAUGGGAUUCAUUGGCUAUUGGUCUCAACAGAUUGUCCUCUCGAAGAAAGUUAUGAUUCUUAUGAAAGAGCUUGAGACCUUGAUACAUAAUUUUAUUUGGGGCAGCUAA